AUGAAUUACAACGUACAUCCUGUCUCAUACUUGAAUGCAGACAGUUAUAACAAUAACAACAGUAACGGCAACAACGGAGCAGAUAAAUCCUCCCAACAGCAACCUUUUUUACAAUCACAGCAAGUUUCUAGUAUCUCACAACAACUGUCUCGUGGUAACAGUAUCACCAAGAAAUCACCAUCAACUGAUUUAGAAAUGGAUAAUGUUACAUCUCCGUCAUCAAUAACUUCGUCCCAUUCACCAAGAACUAAUCAUGCUAAUGGGUCACCUCAUUCUUCAUUUACUUCACAUUCUUUAGCUAAUUCACCUAUGGAUGAUGCAAAGAGUAGACAACCAAUCUCAAGCAAUGGUGAUGUGUUGGAUGUAAGUCAUGCAGAAGUUGCAACUACUAACAAUUCAACUUUACCUGCUUCUGGUAUUACUUCUUCAGGUGUUGCUAACUCAGCACCAUCAGUUUUGCCUCAACAGCCAACACAAUUACAUCCAAGUUUAAACCCACUUUACAAUAGUCAUGCUUUUUAUCACCAACAGCAGCAACAUCAACAGCAACAUCUUCAACAUCAACAGCAACAUCUUCAACAUCAACAACAACAACAACCGGCACAACUGUUCCAUCCCACUGGAGCUUAUCAAGAGUUGUCAGGUGACCACUACCAUCCAUCAUAUUUAAACAGUGGUGCAGUUUCCUCCCAACUAGUACCACAAUUGAAUGAUGCUAGAAUGAGCUCCGCCUUCAAUGCUUAUUCAGCUAAACCACCAAAAAAGACUUAUAAAAAAAUUACAGAAGCAGAUUUACGUGGUCCAUUCAAAUGUUUAUGGGGUGAAUGUAACAUCAUUUUUGAAUCUCCUGAAGCCUUGUAUGAUCAUUUAUGUGAUGAUCAUGUUGGUAGAAAAUCAUCAAAUAAUUUAAGUUUAACUUGUUAUUGGGAAAAAUGUGGAACAACCACAGUCAAAAGAGAUCAUAUCACUUCUCAUUUACGUGUUCAUGUUCCAUUAAAACCAUUCCAUUGUGAUUUAUGUCCCAAAUCUUUCAAGAGACCUCAAGAUUUGAAAAAACAUUCCAAGAUUCAUGCUGACGAUCAUCCAAAGAAGUUGAAGAAGGCUCAGAGACAAUUGUUGAAACAACAACAAAAGGAAGCUAAACAACAAUUGAAGUUGAAUAAAGCAAAUGGUGAUUUACCUUAUUUUGCUACUGUUGCUGGUGGCGCUCAUGGACAUGAUGAAGAAUCAAGAAAGAGAAGAUUUGAUAAUAAUUCUCAACAUAACAUGUAUGUUGUUAAUAGUAUAUUGAAUGAUUUCAAUUUCCAACAAGUUAACCAACAAAAUGGGGGAUACACUCAACAAGCUCAAGGACAAUUUUCCGAUGCAAAGAGAAUGAAGCCAAAUACUGAAUACAAUAUUGAUAUGUUUAACAGAUUGAAUCAUUUGGAUGAUCAAUUACACCAUGGACCACAUGGUAAUGCACAAUAUCAACAACAACAACAACAACAACAACAACAGCAGCAGCAACAACAACACCCACACCCAUCAUACACGCACACAGCAAACAAUAGUAACAUCUAUGAAGCCGAGAAAUUUUUCAACUCUUUGUCCAAUUCAAUCGAUAUGCAAUAUCAGAACUUGUCAUCACAAUAUCAACAACAGCAUGCUCAUGGCCAUGGAAGCCAGUCUGCUAGUGGUGCCAGCAAUAUCCAUACUGCAUCAUCACACCAACACUCAUCGCAUGUAUACCCUACUUUACCAGUAUUGCCAUCAACUUCAAUUAGUUCUAAAGAACAUGGUGCCGCUACUGCUGCUUCUACUUCUGGUGCAGUCAAUUCUGGUUCUACUGGAUACUUGUCUUCGUACCCACAAAUCAACAGACCAAUGGGAUAUAAUUUAUCCUACGGUCAACAACAACCACAUGCUAAUGGUUUAGAAUUUAAUGGUGUUUCAAUCUACCAAAAAGCAGGUCAAAAAUUGGACAAUGAAGAAGAAGAAGAGGGAUCCGAUGACGAAUCUGAUGACGUUUCCUCUGAUGAUUAUUCCGAAGAAGAAGAAAUUGAUUCAUUAUUUGAUAAAUUGAACUUGAAUGGUGGAGAAGCAGAUGAAGAAGACAAUGAUGAUGAUGAUGAUGAAGUUAUUGUUGAUGGAUAUAAUCUUAAAGAUGUCGCAAAGCACAGAGCUUUGAUUCAUCAUGUUGUUGAAGUAUUGAAACAACAAAUCAAGGAACAACAACAACAGUCGGAAAAGAAACAAGAUGAACAGCAAAAGCAGGUGGAUGAAUUGAAACGUGAUUCAAUUUAUGGAGAAAAGAAAUUGUAUCCAACCAUUACUGCUUUUUGA